AUGGGAUUAUUUGAUUUGUUACCAUUCCCAAGAGGAGGAGGUGUGGCAGAUAGUACAACUACCACAAUUCCAACAUAUGAUUCAACUAAAGAUUCUAUAAAUUUACAAGUCAAAUCAUUAUUAUAUCUAUUCAAAAGAUUAAAAAUUUACCAAUUAGCAUCAUUUUUAAACCGUGACAAUAAUUAUGAAUUGAAAUAUAUCGGAAAUACAACUAUUGACAACACCAAUCCUAUACAUAUAAAAUUGGACAAAAUUUAUAAUUUGGAAAGAUUUUUACAAAUUUUAAUUUAUGAAGAUGAAUAUAAAAUAUUAGUUGAUUUUACAAAAAAUAAAUUUCGAUCUUUAUGUUUUAUGACAGAAUAUCCUUAUGGUAAAGUCUUGGUGUCAAUGGCGACUGGUAGUUUCCCACAAUUUAUUGAUGAGGAUGAAGAUGGUGAUAGUUUCGAAAAUUUCAAAUUUAUUUUAUUCCCAUUGAAAAAUGUUACAAUUGAACAAAUGGGACGAUUGUUAACCAAAUCGGAUAUUUAUAUUGAACAUAAAAAUGUUUCAACUCUGAAACGAUACAUGAUUGCCAUAGAAUCAAUUAAUGAAGUGUUAGGGUUUGAUGGUAAUAAAUCUGAUAUUACCAUAUUCGAUAUCACCAUAACUCAAAAAAACCAAAUAAUAAAACAAUAUUUAAUCAAAUUGGCAAUUCAAGUUCAAUUGACAAGAAUAUAUCAAGAAUAUAUAAAACAACAUCCAAUAGUAAUAACAGGAGAUCCUUUCGUGACUCCUCCAUCUUCACCAACUAAAAAACAAAGUAUUCUGUCAAUUUCACCAAUGAAAAAAAUUCCUACAUUAAGAAAAUCAAUGUCAAAUUUAACCCUCAAUGGUAAUACUAGUGGUGUUAAUUAUAAUAAGGCACCUUCAGUACCUUCAGUACCUUCAUCACCAACAAGAUUAAGGCCCCAAAAAUCAAUGAGUAAAUUGAACAGUAAACCAUCAAUACUGAAAAUGAAAUUGGAAGAAUUAUAUAAUCCUGUGGCAUCACCUCGUGGGAAGAUACACCAAGAAGUUAAACCUAGUAGUAUUAGAAGUAACAGUAGUAAUCCUAUCAAUGGUGUUGGCUCGGAAGAUUUUGAUAAUGAUAUUGAUAUUGAUAUUGAUAAUAAAGAAAAUUUCCGUUGGGAUGUUUAUAAUAAAUGUAAAUUAGCAAUAUUGGAAAAAUUGAAAGUUGAAAAAUUAAGAAUAGACCAAAAAAUAGUUGUUUAA